AUGGAGGCCUUUGAUUUUUUCUUGUUUUACGAGGUAAUGGUACGAGUUGUUGAUCUGUGCGACCAAUUGAGCGGCGAGUUGGCUCCUGUGCGCGUUCCUCGGGUUCUGGCCGUUGCCGGCUCCGACUCGUCGGGCGGCGCGGGCAUUGAGGCGGACGUGAAGACCAUCACCGCGUACAAGUGCUAUGCCGUGACUUGUAUCACGGCCCUCACGGCCCAGAACUCGCUCGGCGUGCACAACGUCACCACAACGCCCGCUGAAGUUGUGGAGAAGGUACUGGUGGCCAUUGCCGACGACCAGAUUGCGCUCGACGCCAUCAAGCUCGGAAUGCUGCCUGACGAGACACUGUCGGUGAUUACGCCGUUUCUGGCCGCCCGUGCCGCUAGAACGCCUAUUGUGCUAGACCCGGUUUUCGUGGCGAAGAAUGGCGACCGGCUGAGCUCUGUGGCGGCGCUGAAAAAGGCGGUAGAGCUGUUUCAACAUGCGGCCCUCAUUACCCCGAAUUCGCGCGAGGUGGAGGUUUUGCUGGCUGUGCUGCGCAGCUCGGACCCUGGCGUGGAGGAAAUCACCAUAAGCACGGCAGACGAUUUUUAUACGGCUGCGCGCCUUCUGGGGUCGAAGUUCAAGGUCGACGUGCUGUUCAAGGGCGGGCUUGUCCCGGUGAACAAGAACCUGGUUGUUGACCCUGAAAAUCCGGUGUAUAUUCUGAACGUGCUGUAUGAGCACAGAUCCGAAAAGCUCACCGUUUUCCGGUCAAACCACAUCGACUCGCCUAAUUUGCACGGAACAGGCUGCACAUUGAGCUCGGCGGUGGCGUGCAACCUUGCCCGCGGCACAUCUCUGGCCACCGCGGUCGAAAACGCUAUAGGGUUUGUCAAUGAAGCCAUUCGACACGCAGAGGUGAAGCCCAACGGGCCGUUGAACCACACAUGGGCAAUCAAACGGCCGCACGAGACGUCCAAGAAUGCCGGCUUGCUGUCAUUUCUGAUGAACCACGAAAAAGUCGUCCCACACUGGCAAAAGUACACUCAUCACCAGUUUGUGCGGCAGGCAAUGGAGGACACUUUGCCGGUGGAAAAAUUCAACUAUUUUCUUAAACAGGACUACCUAUACCUGCAGGCCUACCACCGCGUGCACGUGAACCUGCGCAGCAUCACCGAGUCGGAGGAGCUGCAGGGGUAUGUGGACGAGAUUUUGGGCAAUAUAGAGACCGAGAUGGAGAGACACAAAACAAAGCUGAAAAGCAGAUGGCCGGACCUAGACCUAGAGAAAAUUGUCGCUGGACGUGCGACGCAGAACUAUGUCAACUAUUUGGUCGAGUUGUACGAGAAAACACACAACUGGCUGAUGUGCAAGACCGCGUUGAUGCCCUGUUUGAUUGGCUACAACCAUGCUGCUGCCAACGCGUUGAAUAAUGGCGCUAAGUUUUUGGAAGCAGAUCCUGAAAACAACGCUAAGGCCCUCAUGGCGGCACGCAAAUUGCAGCAAGACGCGGAGAACGGCAGGCUGUCGUACCAGGCAGACCCCGGUUCCCCAACACAAAAAAUGUACCGCGACUGGCUCAGCGACUACGUGGCUCCAUGGUACUUGGAGGCCUGCAAACGCGGCGAGCAGGUGCUCAAUGAGUACUUCGAGGAGUACGUCCGCAGCAAACAGCACCAAGACGGCUUCGAUAAAGGCCAGCUUUUAGACACCCUGUCAGACAUUUUCGCCAAGGUGUCGAGCUUGGAAGCAAGCUUCUGGGAUGAUUGCAUCAAUUAUUCGGAAAAUAUAUAUUAAGUAUUUACGGCAACACUCACUCACAACCGGCCGUAAAAAAACCAUUAAUUGUACACACGUCUCUACUUAGGCCUGCUCCUGUGUCUGGGUGCCUUGCAGGUCGAUGAAGCUGGACAGGUCCGCUUGGUCGGCAGACUGGUCCAGAAGACUGUCAAGAUAGUCUAUGUUGCCCAAAUAGCUCGAGUAGUCUGUCUGAGCAUCAGUGGCCUCUGUUCGCUGGUCCGUGGCGUUCGGCAGGGCAGAGGAGGUGGUCAGCGGAAUCGUGCCUAUCGCGCUUGGGUCGAAAACCGGAUUAACUUUGUGCUGAACAGUGCGUAGCUGCGACACAUCCGACGCAGGGGUGGAGCCAGAAUCUUCCUCCUCCGGGACCAUGGAGAACGGCUUCAUUCCCGAUUCCGUGUAGGUUCUAGUCUGGUACAGAUCGUCCAUCAGCGUGGUGUUUGUCUUCGCGUUUGUCAGCUGGAACCCGUUCAGCGAGUCUGUGGAGUUGGCGCUCACCAAUGGCGGUCUUUCAUUCGUCAGAAUCGAGCCCGGCGAUCCCAGCGACGAGUUAACCGUGUUGGACGACGAAACGGACAAAAACGAGUUGGAUCGGCGGGGCUGCUGGCCCAUCAUGUUCUGAGGAUACGGCGAGUAGUGCGACUGGUGAGAGUGGCCGUGAACUCCAUGGUGGUGCGAGUGGCUCAGCGAUCCGCUGGAGUGGGUGGACGAGCCUGUGAGGUUUUUCUUGAGCAUCUGCGGAUAAUUAUGGUGGGUUUUGCUAUUAUGGGAGUUCAGGUUGGUAUGCGACAGUUUGUGUCCCCCAGGCUGCGUUAAUAUCAGAUCGCUUAAACUCUGGUGGGAUGGCGUGGAGGGAAGAGACGAGUGAGACGAGUGCGAGUGCGACGGGCCGAUCAGGGGAAAGAGCGGAAACAAGGAGUCAGGGUUGAUCGACUCUCUUGGACUCGAGAUUACCGAGCCGCUCGAAACGUUUCUGUUGCGGUUGUGGUACAUUUUGGACGAGUUGUUGUCGUCAAAGCUGUCCAAGAGACCAGACCCGGGAGUGUUGAUGCCCUGGAACGGUUCGCUGGUCAUGGAGUUUGACUUGGACCGUCCGUUCGCAGUGGCUGGAGGCACCACCGGCUCUGAGGUCGAAAUACUGCUCAUGAGAGUGGAGAAGUUGUUGUUCAUCGUGUUCAGGGGCGCAACGUACUCGUCCACUGGAACGUGGAUUUCCCCGGCCUUCUUUUGCUGGCUUUGCGGCGUCGAUGACCGGAAGUUCUGGAGCGGGUCCAUUCCCACCUGUCGUUUGGUAAUAUCCUGGUAAUGGAAUCCCUGCGACGGCUUGUCUGAGCUUGCAGAGUUCAGUGACAGCAGACUGUCGUUCUGGAGGAGCUCAGACCCCAGGGGCGGCGACGCCAUAUCCCACGAUCGAAUGAUACUGUUGACGUUAUCCUUGUCGACAUUAAGCGACUGUGACUCAGGAGGCAUGAUUUUCGAUUUUUGAUCUUUCGCGUCUUCGUCCUUCUUUUUCGAGCUGGACUUCUUCUGCUUCGAACACGUGCACUCGCCGUCGACGUGGCACGCACAGCUCACGUCGUGCUCUUUGGUCUUCGAGUUGCAAGUGCACGUUAUGUGUGCGUUCUUCAGCUUGCGUUGUUGUCGGCAGUGCGCACACUGCGUGGAGGGCCGGCCCUUGGGUUUGAUCAUCAUCAUCGGCUGGUCGACGUGGGUGCACGUAGUGACUCUGUGGCCCCUAAUACACCGCUCACAGGCGUAUUUGACGCCGUUGAUCAACACCAUAGUGGGGUGAGUAGAUAGCGGUUGAGCAGUCUCCAAAGGGUAUGUAUGUCAGCCUGACGGAGGAAACCUUAGUGCCUGCAAAAACAAAGCACUUGUUGCCGAUAGAAGCUGGGAGGUUUGAUCCUUUUCGG